AUGCUGCAAAGAACUUCAAAAUAUUCUCAUCGAUACGAGCUCCAAUUACUCGAUGAUCACCUACUCGAGGGGGGAGAUGGAGAGGAUAUGGUGCGAAUCCCAUCGAUUGAAAUGUCACUUGCCGAAUCGGAACAAUUGAUACAGCAGAAAUCGGAGAAACUCGUUCCGAGAUACUAUCAUGAGGCAAGGCACGACGACGAAGAUUACCAUGAAGCGUCACAUCAAACAAGAAAAACAUCGACGAACACGGAACGCAAGCUCAUCACAACAACGAACAUCAUCAUUGCAGUUGCGUUGAACCCUGGAAUCGAUCCUGAGGUCGGGAUUCUACCCACGAAGAAACCCUUUGUGGAAGCGGGAAUCGACACAAAAUCUACUUCUCCAAAUUUGGCGCUUGAUCUUGUUUGUGAGAAUCUCCGCGCAGCGUUUGCUUCUAUGACCACAAAAGCGAGAAUUCAUCUCUACAAGAAACCACCUAUCAAUGAUUUCAAACAGGCCUGCGGACGGAUUCGGCACUCUGCUGGACGGGAGAGGGUGCUACUCUACUACAAUGGCCAUGGGGUACCACCUCCACUCCCAAUUCCGUGUGGGCAAAUUUAUUUCUUUGAUGAAAAUGAAAAAAGCCUCACAUACAUGCCGCUAUCGAUCGAGGAGUUGCAAGUGUUGUUGGACGCUCCGUGUGCAUACAUUUGGGACACCGCAUCGGCCGGGACUUGUAUAAACAGCUUCAAGCACUUCGCGGAAAAACAUUUCCAGUCCUGGGAAUAUAAAUACUUCCUUCACAAAGAACGCUUCAAUGUAGCAAGACCGCACAUCACCAGCAACACGUCACUUCGAGAGGAAACAAAAAUGUUUCACUUUUCUGAUCCGCCUAACUUUGAGAAUUGUAUUCACUUUGCUGCCUGCGCCGAGGGUGAACGUUUACCAACUGAUUCACGACUUCCGGCUGAUCUCUUUACGUAUUGCAUGACAAAACCGGUCUUCGCCUACUUUGAAUGUUUUCUUCUGACAAAUGGAAACCGCAAGAAAUUUAAUCUAAAUCAAAUGCUGCUCGGCGACGCGAAUAAUCGACAGACUUUACUUGGUGAACUGACUUGGAUUCUUCAAUCAAUUACUGACACGAUCGCUUGGAACUUUUUGCCAACUGAUAUUUUCCAACGGCUAUUUAGAAAUGAUCCAUUGAUUGGAGGACUAAGUCGAAAUUUUCUGGUCGCUGAAUUAGUGAUGCGGAAGUUUGGGUGCAACGUUCAAUCACUUCCAACCCUCCCUAGGAUGUCCGAUCACCCACUUUGGAAUUCAUUCGACAAAUGUCUCGCAGAGGUGAUUUCUUGGUGGGACUGCAAGCUUGUGCGCAAUUCCGAAGAAAACCUUCUUUACGGUCACACAAUAUUGCGAAAAGCUCCAUCCGAUAAAGAUUUGGUUGAAUAUGAAAUGAUGAUGGUGCACGAUCAGACGGGACUUUGUUUUGACUUCUUCGAUCAUCAAGCUGAUGCGAUAAAUGUUUGGCUGAGAACGAGUUGUGAUAAAGAGCCGCCCGAACAGUUUCCGAUCUUGUUGCAAAUGAUUCUUUCGGCGAGAUAUCGUGUCCGUGCUCUUGAGUUGAUCGCUCGUUUCCUGGACUUUGGUGAUUGGGCUGUUGGGCAUGUAGUUGAAAUCGGAAUGCCUCAAUAUAUCGCGGCUCUGCUCAUCGAGUCGCAGCGAGACUUGAAGCCAUGGAUGGCGUUCAUUUGGGCAAAGUUGAUCUCUAUCGAUCCGUCGAUGAAGAGUUGGCUUCUGGAGUCUGGAGACAAAUCUCGUCCGAAUGCAUUUGGAUAUUUUCUCGAGAUGUUGCUAGAAGAGGGAAUCGAAUCAAGACAGAAAGUGCCUGCUGCCUACAUCAUUGCCGAGCUUCUGAAUGCGAGAAAUUCAGCGUUUCGUCGAUAUCUCUACGAUUGGGACUACAUGAGAAUUUGCACGGAUUUGUUACGACCAAGUUCAGCUCGACAGAGGAUGACAGGGCCGGCGUCGGUGCCAUUGUUGAGAGUUUGGCUAUUGAUUGGAUUAGGCCGAAUUUGGCGAGAGAACAAUGACGCUCGAUGGAGAGCGAUCCGUAAUGGCUCACAUAAAACGGUUCUCGCUGAGUUGCUGAAUUCGGUGCCUGAGAAUCGUGCUGCCGCUUGCUUUGCUUUGGGCUGUCUCAUGAAGAAUCAUUCGCACACAAAUGAACAUGCAACAACGGUGGCCCAUAAACUCGUGGAUGCUAUAGCAAAGACUGCGCUUUUCGAUGGCUCUGAAAUGGUGCGCAAAGAAGCUCUUGUGGCCUUACAGUAUUUUGUAAUCGAUUUUGCGGACACGUUGGCAAAGCACUGUUCGAGCUUAUUGAAGGAGUGCAAUUUUUCACUGGAGGACGAAAUUUUGGCAGAAGAAAAUGAGGAAGAUAACAACUGCCUAUCAAUAACAGAUUUGCAGGAGAAAAUAGAUUUGAACGCCAGCAAGAACAGUUCAUUUUGGACAACUUUAGUAAAUCGAUCUGGUUGGCUUCGGCGUCGAAUGAGCAGCGGUGAUUCCGAUUCAUCGCAUGGUACAUAUGACGAACCAUCUGGAAAAAUAAUGUUAACGAUAAAGGACAGCAUGUUUCGAUCACGUGUGCUUGGACAAAUCCCCAAGCUUCAACGAUUACUCUUCAAGCCUCCGAUGCAACGUGCCUGGUUGGCCCUGCUACAAGCGUGCUUAGACCCUAGUCUAAAGGUAACUCAAUUGUCCCAUCAACUUGUUCGCCACGUUGAAGAGCUAGCAUUUGAGCUGGAUAUGUGGACGGACCAUCGGUACAAUAGAAUACAUCACGACUCAUCAUGUCAAAGCUCUUCAUGUGAGAUGGGUUAUCGCCCCGACAAAACUACUUCAUUAACUCGAUACAAUCGAAAGACUUCCUGUGACUCUUCACUGCUUUCAUCGGUUCAGAGGGCUGAUUCUAUGAUCUUGGGCAGAAAAAUAUCUUUGGAUGUCUCAGCAAUUCGCCGACCAACAAUAUUGUCACUUUCUCAACGUGAGUCGAAUAGCAGAGAAAAAUCGAGCAAUUCUCGGCAAACAAGCAAUUCGUUCAGUUCUUCCGAAGAUGGUGAUCUACGGGGCUUGGAUCAAGGAGAUUCAGAUUCAAAUAGCCGAUCAAAGACAAAAAGUUGGGCUAAAAGGAAAAUCGGAAUGGCUGGGCGCAUGUUCUCGGCGCAAAAUUCGCCAAUCAAAGCUUCUGGGCUCCAAUCACCACCAAGAAGUUCAAUACGGAAUCCCGGUUUGGUUCCGUUGACCUCAACUCCAAAGAAGUACAGCUCAGCGAUUAGUGAUGAAAUCUGCGAUUACGUGAAACAAAAAUAUCGCUCUCCGAUGUGCCAAUCACCUACAAUGAGUCGAUCACAAAACGAAAACGCCUAUCGAGCUCGCCAUCAUAUUUUCACUCCGAAAAGAACUUUGCAAGGACGGACCGGCACUUCGGAGUUUCGCUUCCCGACCCCCGACCCAAGAUCGAUGUCCCCGCCGAUGAAAGUUGGAUCGAUAUUCGCAAGUGAUAUGGAGGAUCAAUUGGCCGCUCGAUUCACUCGACCGUCUCUUUACUUGUUCAAGAAUAGCUCAAACAACAAAGAUGGAAUCAGUGAUUGUCAUCACGUGAAAGCAUGUCCGACUUUGUGGGCAGUCAAUCGAAUGGAGAGCUUGGAGAAGAUGUGCGUUGAACAACGACGUGGAAUUCAAGAAAUUUUGAAAAAAAAUGAUCGAAGAAGAAAUAAUAAUGAUAUGUGUUCAUCGCGUUUCACGAUUCGAUUCGACCGCAAGGGCCCCAUUUCUGCUGCUUUCUCAGAGCUGCACUCAUUGAUCUAUUCAACAAACGGUUCUUCGGUGUUUGUUCAUGAGUACAACCUGGGAAGCUCAUCGACAACUCGUUUGAGGAAAUUCGGGAUAUAUGGCGGAAACAAUUUCAUGGAGGAUGAAGUUACCUGGGUGUGUCCGUUGAAUCGUCAGAGCGGUGAACUGUUAUGGGUUGGCUCGAAGAAUGGAACGCUUCGUGUCUGGGAUCCCCAUUGUAACACAAAGAAGGAUGGGUUGACAAACGAACAGCCUAUAUUGGUAGCUGCUUUUAACCCGUUGGCCACAGCGCAAGAACAGCCAUUUGAUUACGAGGAUGCAUCAUCAAUCCCUGCCAUUUUCUGUUGGGAAGAACUUUCUGGAUUGCUAGCUGUUGCUGGAAACGCAAAGGUUGUUCGGCUUUUUGAUGCUCAAGCCGAGAAGUCGAUAGCCGAGUUUGGUCUGUCCAAAUCAAAGAUGGGAAAAAUUAGUUGUAUGUCGAUGAACAUCGAGAAUCACCAACUUUUAGCUAUUGGUUUUAAUAAUGGCUUCUUGCAUGUCUAUGACAAACGCCUCUACCCACAGGAUUCUCUUGUUAUGGAGGUCCAUGAUACUCGGGCAUCGAUUCGCGACGUUUCGAUUACCGAUGCAGCUUAUCUUCGAGUACUUGAUGGUGACGGUCAUGUUAGGAUUUAUGAUCCACGCAAAUCAAAGACUGCAGCACAAAAUAUCGACUUGGAAAUAAACAGAAGUUCGUUGAUGGGCCACUCACCAAAGAGCACGAGAAUCGAUCUUGCUACACUGCAUCCACGACAACAAGUAGCGGCUUGUGUGUUCGAUGGUGGGAAACAGAUCGGUGUGUUCGACGUGGUGUCGACAGGUGCGCGUCUCUCCUUGUGUCACCUCCCACAAACUGUCAACUCAAACACGGACUUGCUUGCCUCCUCUUCGCCCAGAAUUUCAUCACAUCCGCAUCUUCAACUUUACGCGAUUUCUUCUCCCGAUUCUUCAUCGCUUUUCGUUUGUGGAGCCGAACUCGAGAAGGAUGAAAUAAAA